UGUUUAUCCACCACUAAUUUUCAUCGCUGCGCAGCAGUUAAAUAAAAUUGAAUACACCAAAAUUGGACACAAAUCGAAUUGAAAGUUUGCUCGAGUUGCAUUAUUUCAGAGACCCGAGUUUGUGGGGCGAGCAAUGUUCAGGAUCCACUUAAAAAUGGGUCCGCAACGCAACCAGCACCACGGCACAACCGCCGCCGCCAACAACAACAAUGGCAACAACAAUGCCGCUUCCACCAGCAGCAACCUUCGUCACCUGAAGGAGUUUACCUGCUGCUUUGGCCUGCAUGUCCAUACCGCCACCCUGAUGAUCGGCUUGUGGCACUUGUUUUUGAACAUCUUGGCUUUGAGCGUCCUGGCAGUUAUUUGGCGAUAUCCCGAGAUGAUGGACGAGCUAGAGGGUGGUAGCCACGACUCUACAGUGGAUCUCAGCGCUCCGGCCCUGCCCACGCCGCUCAGCAAGGUGGAUCCCCCCUACGCCUACCGCGAUCACUCCUUCAACUACCGUAAUCGUUACCAAAACUUUGACAUGGGCGGCUUGGUUUGCACUUGCAUGAUAGCCAUAACCCUAAUGAUGAUCUACGGAGCCAUUAAGGGAAAGCCCUCACACUUGCUACCGUUUUUCUGUCUUCAGCUGUUUGAUUUUGCCAUUACAACCCUUACUGCUGCUGGAUACUUGUGCUACCUUCAGGCUAUUCACCGCAUGAUCUCCGAGUCGCACCGCUUGCCCUGGCGCGAGAAGCUUCUGGAGCUGCCGCCCGAGGAAUUGGUUGUUGUGGUUCUUGUCGUCUUCGUCUGCAUUGUUUUCCUUAAGGCCUACUGCAUUGGCAUCGUCUGGCGUUGCUACAAGUACUUGACCCUGCGCCAGCAGCAUGUUCGCACCCUGUUCCCCUUCUUGGAGCCCCCGACUGGAGUACACAACGUGGGCGGAUCUUUCGGUGGCGAGGAGCGUGCCUACUCCACGUUGCUGCCCAAUUAUGAUGAUGCCAUCGCUCAGUAUCUGAAACAAGCACCACCGCCGUCUUACCAAGUGGCCAUGUCCAAUUACCAGGAGGACCAAGGUGCAGAGGCUGGUGGCACUGAGGCCGCUCAGGCAGUGGCUCCUCUUUUUGUGGCCCUUGCUGGAACAGCUACAGCCAAUGCUGCCUCCAACACUGAUGCCAACCUGGACAACAACAACGAUAUACCGAACAACAACAACACAAUGCACGUGAACGCCAACACGCCGCCGAUGCGACGUAGCGACGCCGCCGUGAAUGUUAAUAUCGACGAGGGGUUGGACAACGAGGAGGAGGACUUGGAAGUCAUUGACGCGGGCAUGGAGGUGAUCGGAGGUAUACCGCCGCCACCGCCCUACAACGAUGUGGCUGAUGCUCAGGUGCAGGUCCCCUCUCAGUCGCCGAUGCAUCGCGAGUCAAACAUUCCGGGUCAGGUGCUCGGCGGACGCGACGAAAGCCAGGUCUAAGUUGUGGUUGCAGCUAGUUUGUUCCCCCCUGUCAUGCCUGGUGGGUUGUGAUCAUCACAGGCAGGCAGUCGUGCACCACCUCUCUCCGGAUCCCUUUCUUGCCCAUUUGGUCUGGUUUCUUACACUCGUCCUCCCCGUAACUAUCAUUCCCAGGCACACAUACGCGGUCUAUAUAGAUGCAUAAACGUAUUGAGUAGUGUUGUGUUUAGAAAGGCAAAAUCCAAACUAGUUUCCGCUUUUAGUCGUCGCUCAUUAUUGUUGUUUAACUUAACGUACAAUUAAGAUGCCCUGCCUGGUUGCUGCUCAUUGAGUGAACGAAAAACUGAACAAAACCAAAUAGAGUUGGCGAUGCUGGCUAGAAAAGCUUCAAUUCCUUUUCGGCCGGAUCUGACCCGAAAUUAGCUGCAACAAUCUAUAAGACACAAACUUUUCGUUUAGCCUGAGUUAGCUCGAGACUAUUGCAUAGUUGAGGCCCAUGUAUUUGUUACCGACCGGAGUGUGUCGCUGGCUUGGCAAGCACCUCUACGAACGGAAUGGAAGUUCAAUGUUUUAAGUUAAGACUCUACGUAAGACUCUAUGCAUAUUGAAUACAUAGUACUGAAUACUGAGCACAGGCAUACAUAAUCCGUAAUUAUGAUGAUAUAUAUAUCAAUGUAUUUUACUACUGUGUAUUAAUACCAGCAACAAAAAGCAGUGUUUUGUGUAUGUACAUUAUCUAAAUGUAUACUGUAUACUAAAUAUGCAGAGAUAUUCGAAUAAAUAUUAGUUUAUAUUUAACUUAA